AAGCGACAGUCUGUAGGGGACGCCGGGGUGCAGCCUGUUCUCCCGCCUUCAUUUCCCAUCGUGCUGAGGCGGGUGGCAUGGCGGAGAAGGAUGACACCGGAGUUUGACGAAGAGGUGGUUUUCGAGUCACUGAGUAAUACUGAGUGGCAAUGAAGAAAUUAUUUUGAGGUUUUUUUCAAAGAGCUGCUUCUGAUAGGAAAAUGCUUAGUAAUGAUGAAGACACACCCUCCAGUUCAGUGGCCAUUUUGUAGUGUAGUUCUUCUGGAGAAACAAGUGGGAACCAUCAAAGAAAGAAGUAUAUGGAUCAAAAGAAUAUGGACAAAACGCAAUAAAUUUUUCAUCUAGGUCAACUGGAGAAAUCAUAACUAUGCUGUCCAAUUCUCCACUUUACCAGUACUUACAGGAUCUGGGACACACAGACUUUGAAAUAUGUUCUUCUCUGUCACCAAAACUAGAAAAAAGCACAGUGACAGAGGGACAACAAAAGCCUCCUUCAAGAGCCCUUCCAAAACAAGGCAUCCUGUUAAAAGUGGCUGAAACCAUCAAAAGUUGGAUUUUUUCUCAGUACAAUAAGAAAGAUGACUUACUUCACAAGUUGGUGGAGCCAUCCUCAUUCUUCAGUGAUACUAGGACUGUGGAUAUUGGAUUCCGACUCGACUCACUACAUACCAUCCUGCAACAGGAAGUCCUGUUACAAGAGGAUGUGGAGCUGAUUGAGCUACUUGACCCCAGUAUCCUGUCCGCAGGGCAACCUCAACAACAGGAAAAUGGACACCUUCCAACACUUUGCUCCCUGGCAACCCCUAAUAUUUGGGAUGUCUCAGUGCUGUUUGCCUUUAUUAGUUUGCUCAUUAUGCUUCCCACUUGGUGGAUUGUAUCUUCCUGGCUGGUAUGGGGAGUGAUUCUAUUUAUUUUUCUGAUCAUAAGAGCUUUGAGAUUAUGGAGGACAGCCAAACUACAAGUAACUCUAAAAAAAUACAAUGUCCAUUUAGAAGAUACAGCAACAAAUAGCCGAGCUUUUACUAACCUUGUGAGAAAAGCUUUACGUCUCAUUCAAGAAACUGAAGUCAUUUCCAGAGGAUUUACACUUUUGCUUGACAGGGUCAGUGCUGCUUGCCCAUUUAAUAAAGCUGGACAGCAUCCCAGUCAGCAUCUCAUCGGUCUUCGGAAAGCUGUUUACAGAACUGUCAGAGCCAACUUCCAAGCAGCAAGGCUAGCUACCCUCUAUAUGCUGAAAAACUACCCCCUGAACUCUGAAAGUGACAAUGUAACCAACUACAUCUGUGUGGUGCCUUUUAAGGAGCUGGGCCUGGGACUUAGUGAAGAGCAAAUUUCAGAAGAGGAAGCACAUAACCUUACAGAUGGCUUCAGCCUCCCUGCUUUGAAGGUUUUGUUUCAACUCUGGGUGGCACAGAGUUCAGAGUUCUUCAGACGGUUAGCCCUGUUACUUUCUACAGCUAAUUCACCUCCCGGGCCCUUACUUACUCCAGCACUUUUGCCUCAUCAUAUGUUAUCUGAUGUGACUCAAGGUCUACCUCAUGCUCAUUCUGCCUGCUUGGAAGAGCUUAAGCGCAGCUAUGAGUUUUAUCGGUACUUUGAAACUCAGCACCAGUCAGUACCGCAGCGUUUAUCCAAAACUCAACAGAAGUCGAGAGAACUGAGUAACGUUCACACAGCAGUACGCAGCUUGCAGCUCCAUCUGAAAGCAUUACUGAAUGAGGUAAUAAUUCUUGAAGAUGAACUUGAAAAGCUUGUUUGUACUAAAGAAACACAAGAACUAGUAUCAGAAUCUUAUCAAAUCCUAGAACAGAAGUUAAAGUUGAUUCAGCCCCAUGUUCAGGCAAGCAACAAUUGCUGGGAAGAGGCCAUUUCUCAAGUGGACCGACUGCUCCGAAGAAACACAGAUAGAAAAGGCAAGCCUGAAAUAGUAUGUGAAAAUCCACGUUGUACUGUGGUACCUUUGAUGCAACCUACUCUACACAUUGCAGACAAAGAUCCAAUCCCUGAGGAGCAGGAAUUAGAAGCUUAUGUAGAUGAUAUAGAUGUGGACAGUGAUUUCAGAAAGGAUGAUUUUUAUUACUUGUCUCAAGAAGACCGAGAGAGACAGAAGCGUGAGCAUGAAGAAUCCAAGAGGGUGCUCCAAGAAUUAAAGUCUGUGCUGGGAUUUAAAGCGUCAGAGGCAGAAAGGCAGAAGUGGAAGCAACUUCUAUUCAGUGAUCACGCUGUGUUGAAAUCCUUGUCUCCUGUAGACCCAGUGGAACCCAUAAGUAAUUCAGAACCAUCAGUGGAUUCAGAUAUGGGGACAGUUGGUAAAAAUGAUACUGAAGAGGAAAAUAGUAAACCCUCCACAGCUGACAAUGAAAUAAGUAGUAGGACUGAGUAUUUAUCUGAAAACCCUCUAGAUGAUAAAAAUAAAGACAAUUCUACAAAUGAAGUCUUCUUCCAAGGAGCUGAAGAAAGAGUGUGUUACCAAUGUGAGAGUGAAGAGGAAUCUCAGCAGGCAGAUGUAGGUAGCCUGUCCACUGCCCAUGCAACUUCCAGGGACUUAUUACAGCCCUCCAUUAAGCAGAGGCUGGCACGGCUCCAGCUGUCACCGGAUUUUACCUUCACUGCUGGUCUUGCUGCAGAAGUGGCUGCUAGAUCUCUCUCCUUUACCACCAUGCAGGAACAGACUUUUGGUGAUGAGGAGGAAGAACAAAUAAUACAAGAAAAUAAAAAUGAGGUAGAAGAGAAGUAAGAACCAUGAAGGAUUUUAAAUUGUUGCUUUUAUGCAGGUGUUUUAGCUUCAACACUAGAUAAUCCACUGGCAAGGGAAAAUGAGUGUGACGUUUACUAUAUAUAAAGCUAAGAUGUGAAUUUACAGCAAGAACCCUGGUUGAACAACUGCUCUGAAAAUAGUUGCUAACCUGUAAAUGGGAAAUCUUUUAGGAAAAGAAGAAGGUAAGGGCUCUUUUGAAUAAACUGCUGUUUUAUUUGCAGUACAACUGAUCGAUCUUGGGAAUUCUUUAGGUACUUUUAGUAAGAAACAAAUUUAUCAUUUCUUGCCAGAAUUUGCUAAAAUGACUGGGUAACUCUGUUGCAAGAACAUUAACAUUUAGUAUGACUCCUUUUUACUGUAUUCUCGCAGUAAUUAACUGCAGCUAUUAUGUUAAUAACAACUUGUUUGUAUUUUAUUUUUGUUUAUACCAGUCUUAAAGAUGCAGGUUCUGAAUAAAAAAAAAUUGAAUUCAUACAAUUAAUGUGUACUGGGGUUUGGAACUAAAAAGUAGUGUCAGAAAUACUGGGAUUGUGACAUGUUUCUUAUGUUUCCUUGUUCAUACCUGUAUUUGGUAGUUAAUUUUAAGAUGUCCUAAUAAUCUUUAAAAGAAAAACAUUGUACUGUUUUAAAAAUUAACCUUUCAAUUAUUUUUGUGUUUAUCUUCUGGUCUUGUUAUAACUAAUAGGGAAUGAUGUCAAAGUGGGACCCCUAUAGUCCAAGGCCCCAUUCCCAACUUUGCAGAAAGUUCUUUGUUUAGGUUUGCCUACAGAUAAUUGGGUGCCAUUAACACAAGCCAGUCACUUAAGCUGCUGAUUUCUAACGUGAUGCUACACCCUCUCCACCUUAAUGAGAUUCUGGAAACAUCCUGUCUGCUUCCUGGAAAGCAUCCUUGUCUCCUUAGUACUUCAUUUACAAACUACCUCUUAAAAGAGGUUGCUUUCCAAAUUGUCCAGUGUUAAAUGAUUACAUUUUCAAAAUGUGACAUUUUCAGGAGUAUAUUGUUUCUUGAAACCUAUAGCUCUUACGCACUGAUGUAGUUUAUAAGACAUUACUUGGGGAAAGUAUAGGAAUAAUAAUUUAUGCUGCUGUCCUAGAGAGGAGAUUACAUGAUGAAUAUAGUAGAUUGUCUUUAGAGUUAAGAAACUAUUCAGAUUCCUGUAGACUUAUAGCACUUUGAGUUAGUAGUUUUAUGUAUACCAAGGGGAUUUUUAUUUAAUUUUUUCCAGUAAUCUUUGGAAAUUUAUUUUUUAACCUGAGGAGAAACUUCGUUCUGCUUUAUAUGAAUAAUAAGAGACCCUCUUCUGCCUAUUGCCAAAAAUUCUGGGAUUUAUCCAUAAUUAAGCAUUUAGGAUUAUCUUAGGGUGGGCCCAGUUUACCACUUAGCAAUAGUCAGCUAAAUUUCAAGAAAAAACAAAUCUUGUUUUGAGACUGACGAGACUGUAUUCAUAAAUAAUAAUACUUUCUUUUUAAAUUACUUAGUUUGAUAACUCCUUUUCUCCUUGGAUUUAGAAGAAGCAAUUAUGGAAAAACUUGGUAAUUUUUCUCGUAAUCUGUAACCUUACACAGCAAGAAUUAGAGUUUAAUAACUUUAAUUCUUUAAUUGUAUUAUUUUUAUUAUAGUGGUUUGGGAAAAAUAUCUUCACAAUAUUUUAUCAGUUUUGAAUAUUCAGUGCUCUCUGAGGUGAUACUUUUUAAUUUUAAAAGACUGAUUUUAAUUAGGAAUUCCUAAAUCCAGCCUGAUCUGUUUUAUUCACUAGUUGUUAACUUAAUUCCUUGAAAAUUCUACUUGUUGAAACCAUGAUAUAAGGAUCUUGGGACUUUAACUGAAGCUUCUUUUUUUGUGUAGUUUUCAAAAUUUCUUUCAUCUUUUAAAAUGCUUCUAGGAUAAAAUAUUAUCUUCCCUGUGAAUAUUCCUAAUUUUCUCUUAUAAUAGUCUAAAAGUCAGUGUUUCUCAGUUUUUUUUUUUAUGGGGCACCUACCUUACAAUAAAUUCAAAGUCUGAUUUUUUCAUUGCAGAUUGGGGCCAUACUCCCAAUCCAUUCUUAGUUGGUCAUUUUGGAAUGAGACCUAAGUGAUGUUUGUGCCCAGUAAAAUCUAAGAACCUCUCUCUGGGACUUUGUUUUUCUUACCAUGAAUACCUUAGGAAAUAAAAACAAAUAAGCCAAUGUAAUUAUAUGUAGGUACUCUUGUUUGUUACUUUUCUAAGAAUAUUUCACUUUUUAUUAUCAGGCUUUUGACUAGUCUUAAUAGUUGCCAUCCUCCUUCCAAAAUAAGCCCUCUGGAAAAAAUAUUUUGUGAUGCAACGCUUGUAAUUGUGCUUUCCAGAUUUUACAGUGAUAUUUGGACAGGAUAAUUCUUGUUAGGAGUAAUAUCCUAACAGCUUUUAACGUGAACAUUUCCAUAGUUUAUUUUACCAGGAUAAACCUAGUGCUUAAUGUAAGAAUGCAUGAAAGAAGCUAUUUGGGGCAUUCUUGAAGAUAAGAUUUUUACCCUUUGCCUACAGUAAGGAAAGUCAUGGCAGUAAAUGAUCUGGUAACGGUUGUCAUACCUAAAGGUUAUUUUUUUCAGCUUUCAUUAAAACCCGGCAUAUCUGGCAUAUCUGGGGCCAAACUCUUGCUGGUGUUUGAUUUGUGAUCCUCUGCUUAUAUUUUAAGUUGUCUGUAUUAUCUGACUUCAUAAGUUAAGUCGUUUUUAAAAUUGUACUUCAUUAAAAUUGUACGUUUGAAUGUAUUUAAUUAAGAACUGAUGUAUUGACUCAGGUUUGAUUUCUCAAGUUACUAGAGACUAGGAGAAACACAUUUAAGGCAAAUUUCUAAGGAAAUUUAAGAAUAUGGCUUUAAGGCUUUAAUACAAAAGGAUAGCCUUUAGUUUAAAUCUUAGAUCCAUCAUUUAAAAGCUAUGGGUGCAGGUGACCUAAUAAUGUCAUGGGGAAUUUUUCCAGCAAAAACCAAAAUCUCUGGAUUGUUAAGAGAUGUUGGUGAAUUCUGACUUCUCAGAAGUAGUUAAAAAAUAAGUGAAACUUUUGAGACUGAAAAAACAAGAUCUGGUUAUAAGUGUGUUAGUAAAAUAGGUCAAAAAAUUUAAAAAAUUUCUCUAAAAAAAUAAAUAGUAAUAUUCUGAUUCACAUAAUAAAGGUGGAGAAGCUUUUGAUGUUAAAGCAUAAAAAGAAUUAAGUUCUGAUACAUGUCACUAAAUUUUAAGUCAAUGGGGUGUUAAUCAGAAGGGACCCUAGGGGUCAUUUCACUCUGUGACCAACUUUUAUUUAUACACUGUAAGUAAUAUAAAAUAUGAAAUAUUUUGAUAAAUUAUUAGAAAUCAUGUGGGAAGAAAAGUUCAGCUGAUUUAGUUUAAUUGUAAUGCAUUGUUUCUGUAUCAAAACAAAACAAGGAAAUAACUUAAAUGCCGAAAGACUGUAGGAUGCCAAGAAUGAAAACCAGACAAAGCAAAGAUUGAUUUAUUCUUCCACUUCUAUGGAUAAGAACAUGUCUAUGUAAUUCACACUUCUAUUAGAAAAUGAAGCUACAAAUCUAUUGGAAGAGAAAAUAUGGAAAAAAGGCCCUAAGUACAGUAACAAUUUACCAUUGACAGGUAACUAAUUGUGUGAGUUAAUUUUCCAUGUAACUGAGGCAAAUCCAUUUAUUCAUAACUCUUUUUUUAAUAGUUGAAUAGGAAAAUUUCUAGGAUGUACCUUGUGCGCUUUUUUCUAGAAUAUUUAGGAUCUAAUUUAACUUUUUCUUUGUCAUCUUUAAGAAUAUUGGUUCCUAUCACGGGGUGAUAAACAGAAAUGCACCCUCGGGGGCUCCUAAGUUAGAUGAGGUUCUGUGACCCUGUGAUGCUGUGCUUUUUGAGCUAUAUCUCGUUUUCACAGUUUCUCUAUCUUCCCUUAAAAUCAGCUGUCAUUUUUGCUGCUUUCUUGGGUGCCUGCCUCUUGCACUAGGCCCCUCAUUUGCUGCUUCUAAUCUGCCGUGGCCUGAGAAACCAGAUUGCAAGCUUGCUAGAGUUGUGUCUAAAAUAAGAGUAAGUAGACUGAAAGAAGGCUAAGGGGUGUUUUCAGUCAGUUACGUGCAUGGACUUUGUGGUACCUGUUGGCUGCUUAGCAUACUUUUGUUUGCCUCUUCAUUCUUUACUAAGGAUUUGCUAAAAAUACUUGGUUGAAUAUGUGAUUGCCAUAUAUUUAAAGUAUUAAUUCAGUUUUUAUAUGUUGAUGUUUCUAGGACUCUCCAUUAAUGAAUUCAACUGUAAAAGAAAAUUCAACUACCAUCUUUAUACAAAUCAUUGUGAAUAUUUUAGGAAAAUGUUAAAUGUUUUGUUCUUGUUGAUUGUUCCUAGUAUAGGACACAGACUGAAAACUUAGAGCAUUAUAAAUGUGACUCCAACUCUCUGUUCACCAAGAUUUAUAUUCUAGAACUAUAGGUUUGAGACUAAACAUGCAUGGCUAAUUUACUAAGAACUGGCUAACUGAAUAUUUGGAGAAUGACUCAUUCUAGCUAUCCGAGUUUUCUAUAGAGCUUAAACUAACCCUUUAAGCAUUAAAAAUUUUUGGAAUAAUUUCUGAAGGUAAUCCUUUUAAAACAGUAUGCAUUGCUGUCUUAUUAAACAAUAUAUGAAAAUCACUUUAAUCUUUUUUGAUGGCAGAAUGAUCAUUAUUAACAAGUUAUUAUACUGAUAGUCUAAUUAGGCACUGAGAGCUAUAUGCCCUUUUACUAAAUGGCUCCAUUCUGCUAUGCUUUUUUCAUUUUAUCUUUGUUUUCUGUUAGUAGUUCUGAUUCCUUCAACUCCUACAAUUACUGCUUGCUUAAGUGUGCCCAUAGCAAUGGCCUUUUUCCGUCUUCGUAAUGCUCCUUCUAGUCUGCUUUGGUUUUGGAAACCAGGUAAUUAAGACAGCUAGAGUAAUAUAUAAAGUAAGAGUAAAUUGACUCAGUGAAGACUAAAAACUGGAUUAUACUUAAACGCAUGGAUUUUGUGGAUAUCUAUUACUCAUUACCUAUUUCAUUGCUAUCUUUAAAAUAAGUGAAGUUACUAAAUUCAAUACCUGCUCUCAAAAUAGAAGAGUUGUUAUUGUACAAGGGAACCAUUUCGUUUCCAUACUUUACCUUCUCUAUAUUCUAUCCUUUAAUCUUUUGGCUCUGAUUAAAACCAGUCCACUCAAAUUAGCUUUUUUCUGCAAUACUCUCUAAAUUGGAUACCACAUACUUCUAAGAAUUUCUUUGGCUAGUUUGGUUUUGUUUUUAGAGAGAUGCAUCUUCAUUUCUGAAACAUGAAGUAGGCUGAGUCCUGGGAAAUAAGAAAACUAUCAUUAUUGAUAUCCCAGAGAGCUGAGAAGUAAUAAGAUUUUUAGAUUCUAAGCAGUUUUACCACAAAGAAUUUAUUCUUUGUGCAGGAUUUUAAGAUAGUAUCUUUGUUUUCGCUCAAUGAAAUGUAUGUUAAAAGCUUGCCAAAAGUUAUCAGUGUUAGAGCUAAUGAUAUUGACAGAUCCUUGAAUGACUAAAUUCCCAGUGUCAUUCUCUAUUUUGCGUGUUUAAAUUAUCAUUUAAUAUGUUAAAUAAGCAUGAUGAUUUUUCUCUAUUGAAUGAAAAAUAAACAUGAAAUUUGCAUGUUAUAAUGUUUGCAAGUAAAAUUCAAAUCUGUCUAGAAAGGGAUACCUGGCUUUGAUUAACUUAGUUUUACCAAUAGGCUGAUUAUGUCUGAGUCCAUACAUUGAUUCAUCCAUCCAUCAUAUACAGGGUUAUUGGAAAAUCAGUCUAUGGUCAUGACUCAUCACCUAACGUUAUUCAUAUGCUACUGGAAGGGAAUUAUGAUAUAAUAUUCAUUUAAAAAUCGAUGACUCAAACCCAUUUCUUGAGUUGAGACUGCCAUUACAGAAUAGCCAUGAUGCCAAACCCUGGUUGGUGGUACAAGGAGAAAAAUUGUCCUUGAGUAUAGUUGUGAGAGUAAAGUGAUUCUAUUCAGUGUAAUUGCUAUAAAUCAAAAAAGAGGAUGAAUUGAUUCCAGGAUUCACAUAUACAAAAGCAUAACAUGAAGAGCUGAUUUUAUGAAUAAGGAGUUGAUUUUAUGGAAAUCCUAAAAUGUGUGCUAAAUUAAAAUGCAUAUGGUAUUUUUUAAAUGCUGUACAUUUUAACCUGUCAGCAGUUGAGUUAAUUUGUUUCGUCCCUAUUUAUUGAAUUUCAUUCGGCACGUGGCAAACAUGUUAUUGAAAUACGACAGUAUUUAAGUGGUGUGUACUUCUGACACGCUAUUUUUCAAAGUGAGUAUAUUCUAUGAGUCAUUGUAGAAAUAUUUCCCCUCAUAUUUGUAUCUUAAGAGUUUCUCAAGAUAAGGGGUAAUUCUAUUGUUUUGAACUUUACAUUUUCCACUUUAUAGCAUUUCCUAAAGGUUGGCUGCCUACAAAUGAGUUUAUUUCAUCUUUGAACAUCUUUUCUAAAACUAAAGCAUGUCUUUUACAAGUUUUUUAUGAUAUCCUAAGAAAUUAGAUCUUUUUUCCUCUCCCAAGUAAAUUUAAAAUUAAUUUUUAAGUCAAAGUAUUUUCUGAACAGUACUAGCACCUGGAAACGUACAGAAAACUCCAGAAAUGCCACUCCCAUUCCAUAAAGAUUGCUGUAUGGUCCUGGUACAGCCGUGGAGGUCCAUAUGGGUGAAAAGUCCAGAAGUCACCUGAGCUGAAAGCACUCCCAAGGAGUUUGGUUUUGUUUGGGUUUGUUCUAGGUAUGGUCCCAGGGAUCCCAGAUCAAACCAGGCCCCUGGGCCUAUCCUAGAACCAACCUAAACUCGCGCAUCAUUCCUGGAACGUCAAGAGUGUGAAGACUGAAGAGAACCUGAGGCUGACUAGACAUCCUGCGUUCACCAAAACUCACUUUUCUUUGUAUGUGUGCCAACAGUUAGCAAAAAUUGGUUGGUUAAUCCUUCUAAAAUUAGAGGAAUAACAAUGGAUAGCAAAAUAAAGUCUACCAGACUUUGACAUUACAGUAAUUUAUCGCAGUAGAAAUGUGAUGUGUAAUAUGGUUAUUACUAAUUGCUGGUGGGAGAAUUGUUCUUGUAACUUAUCAGAUCUCUAUCUCUAUUUAAUGGUUAAAACAAUUUAGCCACCAAAAAAAAAAAUUUCUCCCCCAAAAUUAAUGUUUUCUGUUUUUGUUUUUCUCACUUUCUACUGAACAAUAUGAUAAUAGUCUCAUUUAAUUGUGCGUAGUUUCUGAAAGGCAUUUGGUCUUUGCCCUGUAACUCCAAUGCUAAGUAAUUUUAAACUUUUGUUUCUGGACAUCAAUGCCUUUUUCUUUUAAUCUUGAAUCCACCAUAUUGCUUUGAGCUUGCUUUUUAGGUUCAGGUCUGGGAAGAUCCUUAGCAUCGUUUGUAGACACCAAGUCCCUUGUCAGAUUCAUUGUAAACUAUGUUUCAGAAUCUGCUAUGGUUGAUGGAAACAAGCUAGGAUGAUAGAGUGGAAAUGGAUUAAUACCUCACAGAUUGCUAAAGUAUUUUGCAGAAUAAGGUUUUUAGCAAGUUAUUUUUGUACCCUGCUGCUCUGGAUUUUUAAAAGAUUCUGACCUACUUGAUUCAUCAAGUGGUCUCACAUCAUAACUGUGACAUUGCUAUUUUACUUAAUUUGAGGACAGGAUUUCUGAAAAGGCAUGUAAAGACCCCAAAUCCAAAGGUUAUGAUACACAAUGGAAAUAUAUACUUUUGGUAAAACUGACAUUUCAGUAGGUUUAGACCAUGUUUUAAAUAAUUGCAGACAAAUCAGGGACUCCCAACUGUGAAAAGAGCCCCAAACUGUGUUGUUCCUCCAAGCCCUGUCACUGGAAAAAAUGGAUCAAUUAGUUAUCCUAUAAAAUAGGACUGUGAGCUUGAGGCUCAUUCUGCAGAAUUCAACCCUGGGAUUAGUUCUGUACUACAUUCAUCACAGAGAUGCUUCAUCCCAUAGAUUCUAUUAUUUUUGCCUUUUAAAUCGUACUGUGUUUACCCUUUUCUCUCAAUAUUUUCCUGUUUGGACAGUGUUUCCUGUUUGCAUAAAUCAAAACUAUACAUUAGUAUAUGUAUUUUUUUGAUAAAACAACAGCCUUUGGAUCUAAAGAUCUUUGGAUUUUUAUUCCUUUUAAUGUCAAAUGAUUUAAAUGCAUUCACUGUCUUGUAAAUUCACUCUUAAUUUAUGCUUCAAUUCUUCAGAUUCAUUUUUUUCUAAUGAACUAUGUUAGAAUUAAAUAGGUGAGCCUUAUAUUGGUGUCUUCUAAAAUUUAUGACGUUUUGCAUUCACCCAAACAUGAAAAUGUUCUGAUAUCAACAGUCUUGUAUCCAUGCCCUAAUCUGUGAGCAUAGGUAACUAUUUCUUGACAUAGCAUGAAAUGUAUGAACCCAUCUUGUGUUUAUUAUGUAUACAGUAAGUGUUCUCAGUAUUUUGGCGGGGGGGCGGUGGCAUUUGCAUUCUCUUUUAACAUUGUAUGAACACUGAAAACAGGAGUGUGUGAACUAUCUUCAGGCUUGUUUACAUAGUAAGUUUCUAAAGUCAGUCUUCAUUCUUCAUUUAACACUGGAGUGUUAAGCUGUAUUUUUAAAAAAAUAUCAUUUAAGAAUAUUCGUUCAGAGAUACUUCAAUUUUUACUUUUUGAAUACUUAUAUUUUAUGUAGAACCGUACAUUUCCUACCCUACCUGAAGACUUGAGAUUAUAGUCUUUCUCAUCAAUACUUUCUUUGAUCACUUGAUACAUUUUAGCAUAUCAAAUUUGUAAAGGAUUUUUACAAGAAUGCACAGUAGGUUUGUAUAUGUCUGUAUUAUUGUUGUUCCUCCUAAGCUUAACAAGUCUGUAAUAAAAUCUGUACUACUUUGUGUCU